UUGUUUCGUAGUUGGUUAUCAAGUGAACGUAGUAAACGUAGUAGAACACGAGUUGCCGGAGCGGUGAGUGGUUCGAACUCGGUUUGCUGCCGGCAGUUUGAGUUUGGCUUCCAUCUGACUCAACAAAUCAACGGGGACAGCAUCGAAAGGGCUCGAACAACCCCCGGAAAAGAUAAACGAGGUCACUUUCAUUGAAGAUUUCGUAAAGACGUUGGCCGGACGGGCUCUUCGUCACUUCAAAAAAAUCUCUCGAGAUAAUCGAGCGGGUGUUCUAUCUCGAACAAGGAGAUGAAUUUAAAUCUAAACUAACCAAGAAACAAUUCCAAAAAGAAAAGUAACUUCGUUAUCAAUUUACAACAAUAAAAAUGGUCCACGGUGUUUUACGUAUUUAUGGAAGCACUUCCAAAUCGAGUAUUCGUUUGGAUUUGUUAGAAAAAACGAUUAAUUCGAAAUGUAGGGUAACAUUUUCGAACGGUUCAACGAAAUGGUUAUCGACUCAAGCAACGAAAAGACUGAUGCAAAAACAAGCCGAUACUGCAAAAACGAUCAAAGGAAAACCAUAUGAUCAACUAACAAUCGGAGUUCCAAAAGAAACUUGGUUAAACGAAAAAAGGGUUGCUUUAACUCCUACUGUUGCAGCGACACUAAUUAAAAAAGGAUUUACUGUAAAAGUCGAGGAAAAUGCCGGUGCUAAUGCCAUGUUUAGGAAUGAGGAUUACGAAAAAGUCGGUGCAAAAAUGGUCAAGAAAGAUGAAGCUUUUAAAUCAGAUAUUAUUUUGAAAGUGAGACAACCUCAAGAAAACGAAAUUGGAUUCUUAAAAUCCGAUAGCACAUUGAUUUCAUUUUUAUAUCCGGCUCAAAACAAAUCUUUGGUUGAACAAAUGGGAACGAAGCAAAUUAAUGCGUUCGCUAUGGAUUGUAUUCCUCGUAUUACCAGAGCUCAAGUUUUUGAUGCAUUAAGUUCCAUGGCAAAUAUAUCGGGUUAUAGAGCAGUCGUUGAAGCAGCAAAUCAUUUUCCUAGGUUUUUCUCAGGGCAAAUUACGGCUGCUGGUAAAGUUCCACCAGCAAAAAUCUUGAUAAUCGGUGGUGGAGUCGCCGGUUUAGCAGCAAUUGGUCAAGCAAAGAGUAUGGGGGCCAUAGUUCGAGCUUUUGACACUCGAUCCGUUGUAAAAGAACAAGUUGAAUCAAUGGGAGCUGAAUUUUUAACGAUUGAUAUUAAAGAGGAAGGUGGAACCACUGGUGGUUACAGUAAAGAAAUGUCUCAAGCUUUUAUUGAUGCUGAACACGCUUUAUUUGCUAAACAAUGUAAAGAAGUUGAUAUUAUUAUAACUACGGCUUUAAUUCCCGGAAAAAAAGCACCACUUUUGAUAUUAAAGGAACAUAUUAUGUCUAUGAAACCCGGAAGUGUAGUUGUUGAUUUAGCAGCGGAGAGUGGUGGAAAUAUCGAAACUACCAAACCAGGCGAAGUUUAUAAAUUUAAUGAUGUUACUCAUGUUGGCCUUACUGAUCUUUCAAGUAGACUUCCUACUCAAAGUUCAACUUUAUACGCUAACAACAUCUCUAAAUUUCUUCUCUCUAUUGGCGAACAAAACCAUUUCAACAUCAAUUUAGAAGACGAAGUCGUUCGUGGUAGUAUCAUUUUAGACAAAGGUACAAUGAUGUGGCCCCCACCAAAACCUGUUGGUCCACCACCAACUGCUGGAGCUGUUGCUCCAACUCCAGUUCAAGCUGUUAAAUUAGAACCUAAACCAGACAGUCCAUUUAUGGUUACGUUUAAGGAUGCUAUGUUGUGCUCUGGAGGUAUUGGAAGUAUAAUUGGCUUAGGAAUGGUAUCUCCAAACCCCGCGUUUACCUCAAUGUUAACAACGUUCGGUUUAGCUGGAAUCGUCGGUUAUCACACCGUUUGGGGUGUUACUCCAGCUCUUCAUUCACCGUUAAUGUCAGUUACGAAUGCUAUUUCGGGGAUAACCGCUGUUGGUGGGUUAUUGUUAAUGAAUGGAGGUUAUUAUCCAACAAAUUCAGUUGAGACUCUUUCAGCUGCAGCUGCUUUUAUUUCAUUUAUAAACGUUUUCGGAGGUUUCAUCGUCACUAAACGGAUGUUGGAUAUGUUUAAAAGACCGGAAGAUCCUCCAGAGUACAAUUCGUUGUACGCUCUUCCAGCUGCUUUAUUUAUGGGUGGUUACGGAUAUGCAGCAAUUCAAAAUCUCCCUGAAGUUCAUCAAGCAGCUUAUUUGGCCGCUUCCCUUUGCUGUGUCGGAGCUUUAGCGGGGUUGAGUUCCCAGAAAACGUCUCGAUUAGGAAAUAGCUUGGGAAUGAUUGGUGUUUCGGGUGGUAUAGUGGCAACUUUAGGACAUUUGGCUCCAACUAACGAAGUUUUAGCCCAAAUGGCAGCUGCUAUGAUCGGUGGCGGAGCUUUAGGAACUUUGAUAGCGAAAAGAAUUCAAAUUAGUGAUUUACCUCAAUUAGUUGCAGCGUUUCAUAGUUUGGUUGGUAUGGCUGCUGUUUUAACAUGUGUAGCUACUUUUAUUCAUGACCAACCUACUUUGUUGGGAAAUCCAUCCGCAAAUGUUUUAUUAACUUCUUUAUUCUUGGGUACUUACAUUGGAGGAGUUACAUUUAGUGGUUCUUUAAUUGCUUAUGGAAAACUCCAAGGAUUCUUAAAAUCGAAUCCACUUCUUUUACCUGGUAGGCACGCCUUAAACGCUUCUAUGCUUUUAGCAAGUUUAGGAGCUGGAGGUUAUCUAUUUUAUGAUCCAAGCAUGAGUGGUGGUCUUGGAGCAUUAGGAACAACGGCAGCUCUUUCAGCAGCUAUGGGAGUUACUUUAACAUCAGCAAUUGGAGGUGCUGAUAUGCCAGUUGUUAUAACAGUAUUAAAUAGCUACUCAGGUUGGGCUCUUUGCGCGGAAGGAUUUCUAUUAAACAAUAAUCUUAUGACAGUCGUUGGAGCACUUAUUGGAUCUUCUGGUGCUAUUUUAUCUUACAUUAUGUGCAAGGUAAUUUCUUUUGAUUAAUUAAUUUUUAAGAUA